GGGAGAAGGACGCCCCCCCGGCCCUUGGGCAGAAACAUGAGUGAACAGAGCAUCUGCCAAGCACGAGCUGCUGUAAUGGUCUAUGAUGACGCCAAUAAGAAGUGGGUGCCAGCUGGUGGGUCCACUGGAUUUAGCAGAGUUCAUAUAUAUCACCACACAGGCAACAAUACGUUUAGAGUAGUUGGCAGGAAGAUUCAGGAUCAUCAGGUGGUAAUAAAUUGUGCCAUUCCGAAAGGACUGAAGUACAAUCAAGCAACACAGACUUUCCAUCAGUGGCGGGAUGCUAGACAAGUGUACGGUCUCAACUUUGGCAGCAAAGAAGAUGCCAAUGUUUUUGCGAGUGCCAUGAUGCAUGCCUUAGAAGUGUUAAAUUCACAAGAAUCUGGUCCAACGCUGCCUCGACAAACUGCACAACUUCCCCCACAAGUGCAAAAUGGCCCAUCACAGGAAGAUCUGGAAAUUCAGAGAAGGCAGCUGCAGGAACAGCAACGACAGAAGGAGUUGGAAAGGGAGAGGCAGGAGCGAGAGAGGUUGGAAAGAGAGAGGCUAGAAAAGGAAAGACUGGAUAGAGAGCGCUUGGAACAAGAGCAACAACUGGAGAGGGACCGGCAAGAACGAGACCGGCAAGAGCGCCUAGAAAGAGAGAGACAAGAACGCGAAAGACAAGAACGAGAGAGAUUGGAAUGGGAAAGGCAGGAAAGGGAACACCAAGAACAGCUAGAAAGAGAGCAGCUGGAAUGGGAAAGAGAAAGAAAACUGUCAAGUGCUGCUCCAUCUUACGACAGCUCCCCGUAUAGCACUUCACUUCCUGAAUACUCCAGCUGCCAGCCUCCUUCAGCACCUCCUCCAUCAUACGCUAAAGCAAUGUCAGACUGUACUCCGGAUUAUGCCGUAGUGACUUCUGCACAGCCAGUUUCCUCCCCCCCUACACCACCGCUAAGGCACUCUGCAUCACGUUUUGCUACAUCGUUGGGGUCAGCCUUCCACCCUGUUCUUCCCCAUUACGCCACAGUCCCCCGUCCUCUGAACAAAACUUCUCGACCACCUUCACCUGUGAAUCCCCCAGCGCCUCUGACAUCAAGUGCCAAGUCCACUACUUGGUCUGCUUCUAGUUUUGCACCUCUUCCCCCAUCUCCUCCGGUAAUGAUUAGCAGCCCUCCUGGCAAAGCCACAGGCCCAAAGCCGGUUCUACCAAUUCCUGUUACCUCUCAGUUAUCCCAGAUGACACCAUCCCCUACAGCACCUAACGGGCUUCCAGAAUUGGCAAAUUAUCCAGCUCCUUCACCGCCUACCUCGGGUCCAACCCCAACACCACCUUCCUUUCAGCCUCUUUCACUCUCUGGACCUCAAGCUGCUUCUCCGAGCUCCCCUAAUUCCUCGGCUCCCUCAUCCAAGCCUAGCGUUCUCCCUUCUCCCUCUGCAGCUCCCCCUGCCUCUGUUGAGAACUCUCUAAACUCUGUGCUGGGAGACUCCUUUGCUUCUGAGCCAGUCUUGCAGACAGCCUCUCAGCCGAUUGAACCUCCGUCCCAGCAGGGUGUUAUCCAAGGGCCACCUGCACCUCCACCACCCCCACCUCUUCCAGCUGGCCCUGUUCAGUCCCCAUCAGCCGCCCCAGCUCCCCCAGGGCCGCCACCGCCACCACCUCUUCCACCAUCAGGGCCGCCACCCCCUCCCCCACCCCCUCCUCCUCCACCCCUCCCUAACCAGGUUCCUCUUCCACCUCCUGCCCCUCCUCUGCCUGCCACUGGUUUUUCCAUGGGAUCGAUGUCUGAAGACCACCGCCCUUUAACAGGACUAGCAGCUGCUCUUGCUGGAGCCAAACUUAGAAAAGUAUCUCGGAAUGAAGACUCUCCUAAUCCAAGUGGAGGAACAAGCUCUGCUUCACCUAAAACAGAUGCUGGGCGUGGAAAUGGGCCACUACCCCUAGGAGGAAGUGGAUUAAUGGAGGAAAUGAGUGCACUGCUGGCCAGGAGGAGAAGAAUUGCUGAGAAAGGAUCAUCAGAAGUUGAACCAAAAGAUGAAAAGAAUGAAGAGCCAGAGCCUUCAGCAUCUAAGCCUCCUUCAACAAGCACACCUGAACUAACAAGGAAGCCUUGGGAGAGAACAAACACAAUGAAUGGAAGCAAGUCUCCUAUUAUUUCAAGACCAAAAUCUGCAGCCUCCUCUGGGCAACCCAGUACAAAUGGAGUACAGUCUGAAGGGCUAGACUAUGACAGAUUGAAACAGGAUAUUUUAGAUGAAAUGAGAAAGGAAUUAACAAAACUAAAAGAAGAAUUAAUUGAUGCUAUCAGGCAAGAAUUGAGCAAGUCAAAUGCAGCGUAGAAAGACUAGACUAUGAUGUUGUGACUACUGGUCUUGGUACAAAAUCAACUACAUUUUACGAGCUGUUUAGAAGGAAGUGGAACACCCAAUUGGAAGAAGGGGAAAGCAAGAUUCUGGAAUUUUUUCAGACAUCACUCUGGUGGUCUACUAUUUCCCUUUGCUGCUGUUUUCUGACUUUUCAACAGGGUGGAAAAUAGUCUUAAGUUGCAGUAAUGAUUUAUGCAGAAACUCCUAUACCUGUCAAGACAUGAUCACAGUGCAUUGAAAUGUUUCCACACCAAGAUGAAGCUACGCAUCUCACAGUUCAUUGUUUAAGACAUAAAAAGAGAAAAGCUUGAAGGCUUUUCAGAGAGGUUUUCUUUAUUAAUAAAGAAUUUAGCAAGUUAUACUGUUGUACUGCAGGAGUAUCUCAGGUUAGUCUUCCUAUCAUAUUUGGUAUUUCCAUGAAGAAUUUGAAAGAUCAAACAUGACUUCAGCUCACAAAAUAAAGAAAAAAUGACAGGACUGUGUGUUGUAACACAAUAUUGGUGAAUAAGAGACUUACAAUAUUAUACUCCAUAAUGUUUUGGAAUCUUAUUACAGGAAGCCUCUCUUGUUAGCCUUCAUACAGUUUCAUAGGGAAAAAUGUAAGUGCUGUCCAGAGUAUAAAGAUGUAGAUGCCUUCCUAAAUUGUAAUGCUUUACCAAAUCUAAGACUUAUCCAGAACACAAAUCAUUCGUCAAAUAUAAAUGGUUAGAUUGUUAUAGACUUACCAUAGGUUUUCGAGCUUUUUUAAGAUUUAUGCAUGUAGACAUUUUUGUAAUAUAAAACGACCGCAGAGUUGGCUUUUUAAUUUAAAACAUCUUUGCAUGCCACAAAUAUUAAGUAGCCUUUUUAAGGUAAGGCCUAGUUACUGCCCAGGCAAUACUUGGGAGAUAUAGAGUUGGGAAUAGUGGUAACCUUUUUAUUUAAAACAAUUUGUAUUAAUCACUGCACUAUUUUCCUUAUAUUGCAUGCAUGUGUAAUAAUAAGGAAAAUGUCGUGACCUAUCGGCAACCAUGUUAAAUAGAACCAGGUACUUAAUUCGUUUUUGUACCAUUUUCUUUAAUUCUUUGUAUUUCAAACUUAGUAAUGCUUCAGUAGCAGUUCUGGAAAGUCCAGUCAGUGUUGCUGCUUUUCUUAACUGGGUCUGAAGUUAAUUAUCAUGAUUAUACUUGGAAAUUAUUUCAACGAA